GCCAUUUUCAACCGCCUAGCUACUCUUGCCAGACAGUACUUCUGCGGCGCUUGUUAUCUGAUCAUCCGUUGCUGCGGGCCUUUCUUACAGACCCCAUGGCGCAACCGAGGAUAGAUCCAGGUCUAGCUGGAAAUCAAUCUGAAAAUGCCCUGGGUGGAGAACCAAUGGAUAUCGAAGCAGAUGACAUCUAUGCAAAAUCCCAAGCUAGAGUGGGAUUACUCUCGCAUACUCUAGUGCCAAGCCCGAUCAUACAGUGGAUUCUACCUGCGCGUCUUAGAGGGAAGCAUCAGAACGAUGUCGUGUUCGUCGGCGAGAGAUGUCUUCAGAUCAAGGAAGCAGUGUCCGGUGUGCAUCUUGAGGAAGUCACAAACAAGAAUGAUUUUGAUGCGUAUAUCAUGGCGGCCAAAGUCAUCAAUGUGAGCACGGAAUUACCUUGGGAGGCACAAAUGAAGUUGAGCGAUAGUAGAUCCACCAUGUCAGCAGACGCAGCCACGCACAAGGACUUGCCGCCUCAGAUUCUGGUACUUAGUCUCGCUUCAAGAGAGCUCACGUUCCUGUACUACUGGAAUGCUGGCGAACAAUUCAUAUACCACCAUCGACCAUUGCCAAAUGAUGUCAGUGCCUUCGAAAGGUUCGGUCGAAACAUUGCUGUGGAGCCGAGAUCUCGAGUUGUUGCAGUCAGUGCUUCUUCGGACUACUUUGGAGUCUUCGUCCUUAAGGAGCCUGCUGUCCUUCAAUCACAGAUGGCACAAAACAAACUGGACCCAAUAGCAGAGGAACGCUUCUUUCGUGUCGACGGCGAUAUCAUCUCUAUGGAGUUCUUAUAUCCUACAAAUGAGGAUGGAGAUAAGAUCAUCUUACUUCUACUCAUCGCCCAGGAUCAGGUCACGUAUGCUGUCUGUUAUGAAUGGAACGCUUAUGAGUCGCUACGACAAGCAGCCCCAAAAGUGACAAGAAAAGUGCUGCCGCUUGAGGACAGGCUACCUACCAUGCUCAUCCCCUUGACCAAGACGUCAUCAUUCAUUCUCGUUACCACAACAUCGAUGGCCGUAUAUCAGAACAAACUCGAUCCCCAAAGGCAACCAACUAGAUACCCGCUUCCAGUUCCUGAUCGUGCGUCUCAGCGACAACCGCUUUGGACCAGAUGGGCAAGGCCUCUACGCAAUUGGUUAUACAACCAAAAGCACGACGACAUUUAUCUGUGCCGGGAGGACGGCAGGGUGUUCUAUUUGAGUGUGGGCAAUGAGGGCGAAGUGGAGAAUCAAACUCAUCUAGGACAGCUUUGCUGCGAUGUUGACGCUGCGUUUGAUAUCUUGGAUAUCGGAUAUGAGGGCGGUGAUCUACUUCUUGCAGCCGGCACGACAGGAGAUGGUGGACUUUUUGUUCAGAAGGCCAGGGAUCAUCCAAGGUGUGUUCAACGUUUCAUGAACUGGACGCCAGUCACAGACUCUGCCAUCAUUGGGGAUGACAUCGCCUCGAAUUCAGGGGUUUCCGGUGAUCGCUUCUUUGUUUGCUCGGCUUCUUCCUACGCGCGCGGGGCUGUGGUUGAGCUUCGCCAUGGAAUUGAGGCACAGAGCGGUCUAGUUGUUUCUCUAGAAGAACUAAUGAGUACAACGGACAUAUGGAUCAUGUCAGACGGUAUGAAUGGAGGCAUCUUCAUAUUGACUUCUGAUCCAGUUUCUUCAAUGCUUUUAUAUCUGGCAGCUGAUUUUGUGGAGGAGAUAUCUGCUAUUGAUGAAAAAGACUCAGGCCUCGACUAUGGCACACAGACUCUUGCCGCCGGGUGCACUGACACAGGAGCCAUCAUUCAAGUGACGGACAAGGCGAUUCAUAUUGGUGCAACUUCCGAAUUGUGGUCCAGUUAUCGCCACGAAUAUGGUCCUGAGCAUCACAUUGCAGUGGCUGCUGUCAAUGGAUCCUCGUUGCUUGUUGCUGCUGCAGUCCGGACUUCACAUGAUGUGCACCUUCACCUCAAGAGACUCGAUUCGAGCGGCGGCCAAGCCCAGUUACAAGAUAUUGGCCCUGCCCUGCCUAUCCGCUAUGACCCUGUAUGUAUGUCUAUUGAGACACUGGGCUUUUGCACACAUGUGUUCAUAGGCACGGGCAAUGGAAAGGUUCUGGUAUACCGCGUAACAGAUACAGUUUCUUUCGUGUCCGAAACAACCAUUACGAUUGAGGGCUCUGAUGAUAUCUCGAAAGCCAUCGACAGCCUUGCACUUAUCAAGCCGAUAAACGACAGAUCAUCUGCUAAGUACACCAUGCUGUGCGGCCUUCGAAGUGGAAAUCUGAUCCCUUUCGAACUGAUAAUAGACAGCGAGAUUGGUCUGUCUCCUGACGCAUUCAAGCAACUGGAACCGCAACGACUAGGACACACUUCGGUGAAGGUGCAAAGCAGGGGCGACAUCGCCCUACUAACUUGUGGGCACGGAUUCUGGCAAAUAUCAUGCACCCAAGAUUCUGUGACAACUAACUAUACGACCCGAAGAGUUUGGGUUACUGACCAGAACAACCCUGCCUAUCAUCCGAACACAGUCAACAGUUUUUGUAUAGCUGCCGUAGGGGGUCCAGGCGCAGAGGAUCUUUUCGACACUCUCUUCUGCGUCGCUGAGGGACAGCUAAUGAUCUGUACUCUCGAUCAGAAAGCGAAAGCUGUUCCAAGAAGGAUUGACCUACCAGGAAGUGCUAGCAAACUCACAUAUUCGCGCCAUUUGAGGAGUCUGGUGGUUGCAUAUAACCAGACCGAAUAUGAUACGGAUACAGACCCCAUCCGACGCUAUACUCGGCCAUACAUAGAGUUUGUAGACCCAGAUUCGCAGCAUUCCAUGGCCAACACUUUGGAAUCUCCCAUUGACGAGAGCAGCCGUCCUUGGAGACCACAAGGAGUAGCUGGCGAGAAAAUCAGCUGCAUUCUAGAGUGGACGCCCAGGAAAGGUGAUGAAGAAUACCAUUUUAUCGUCAUUGGUACGUCACGCAAGAACCAGCAGGACCGUGGCAGGGUCAUUUUUCUUCAAGCAUACCGUGAUCCAACUGAUCCGUCGCGGAUCGAAUGCAAUGUGAAGCAUAUCCAUAAGUUCGAAGGCCCGGUUUUCUCCAUCGUUCCAUACGGUGAUUUCACCUUGAUGGUUUCGACAGGCCAUAUGAUCGUACCGCUAGAACCCAAGCUUUCUCAAAGCCAAGGUGUUCGGACAGCAAGAUACAAAGUCCACUCGCCUGCGGUUCUCAUGACGGCGCGUGAGCCUCAUCUGUACCUUACAACAUCAAGGGAAUCCCUCAUGAUCCUCAAGGCUGGCGAGGAUAAGUUGACUCUUCGUGCGCAAGACCGCCAGAAGCACGAUGGUCUCUCCCACAUCCAUCUAGAUGGCAAUUCAAAUCUCAUCGUGACGUCCAGCAGAGGCGGUCGGGUCAGUCUCCUGACUGAGGACGGGGUCAAUGAGCGCGAUACCAUGAUGCCUUCAGCCUUGUGUGAGGCACACCUUCCCUCAUCUGUCAUAAGACUCGGCGCAGGGGCUAGAAAGUCCCCAUUAUCGUCUCAGUCUCCAGUGAUCUACGGUACUGCUAUGAAUGGUACUGUCUAUCGGCUCUUGCCGAUCAAUGAAAAAGAAUGGCGUCUCCUUCGCCUGCUACAAAAUCUAUGCAUCAGGGAUCCCCUCAUAUGUCCCUUCACGCUACGAAGACAGAGACAACGCAAUCCAACCAAUCUGGCCGGCAACCAUCCGUCUCAGAUGCACAUUGACGGUGAUUGUUUGAGUCGCCUGUUGACGCGGGGUACUCAGGACCUCUUUCGUAUGCUGCAUUCCGACGAUCCUUGUUCUGGACAAGCGCACAAUUCGGCGGACAUGAUCUUUGAGCGAUUCUCGGAGCUAACGCGAGAUGUUCUUGGAGAGACUAGCUCUCCGGUAGAUUCGGCGAUAGUGUGGUUACGACGGAUCCUUCAGGUCGAGUUUUAGAUUCGGACCAUGUGUCUUCGCUAGAUAGAGCAUCAUGAUACCGAUUUUAUUGUUAU